CACGAAAACAAACUGGAUCUUGUCUAAACUGCUUUCCAAGUUGUGAAAGAUUCGAGAGUUUCUGCUUGUCGUCCAAAAGCGUUCGGUGACAUUAUGUCUGGUCCGAAUGUGAAUUCAAAGAUGGAAAGAUCAAAAUCAAAGAAAUCAUGCGAGUUUGACGAUAUUUUAGACAUGGUUGGCGGAUUUGGCCGUUACAGCUUAGCGCUAUAUGCUUUCAUGUGCAUCAUGUCUGUGCCAAUCGGCCUCCAGCAACUUGUACAAGUCUUCUAUGCAGCAACUCCGAAAUAUUCCUGUGUUUCGUAUUCGUCGCCGAGCAACAAUACAUGUUCGGAAUGCUGCAACAACUGCGAAAAAUAUGAGUUUCAGGCAGGGCUGACGAGUGCUGUGACAGAGGUAAUAAUUAUUUAGAAAAAGUGAUUGUUCCUCCAUAAAUAGAAAAUCUUGUGUGAAUAAUAAGCAAUGACCUAAAAAAGUAAAUUUUACUUUUUCAAAUUUUCCUAGAGGCUGGCUGCUAGACAAUUUCAUCACUUUCUUCAGUCCUUAUCACUUUCCGGACUCCCAUGGACCCAUUGAGGUCUCUGUUUAUUGACACGUCCUCUUUAAAGUUUGCAUUGCAAGGAUUUGUUAUUCAUCAAUACCAAUUGAACAGCCCAUUACGUAAUUUGCAUGAAUUUUUAAAUUAGCAGCAAAACAAAGAACCGAAAAAAAAACCUUUAUUCCGUGAUAACGUGCGGUGCCAUCCUACGGAAACGAUUAGGAGAAAAAUCCACAAUUUCUAGACGUUGAUCUUUCCGUCCCUCGGUAAUUAAGAUGUUAUCUGCAUUUGAAUAUUGUCGAGUCCUAACUUAUUGCUUCACGGGCAGACGACUCUAUGUGUUCGUGGUUGACAAUAUUGUUGACAUGAGACGAACAAAAUCGUUGAGGGUUAUGAAUAAAGCUCUGAAAAUUACAUAUCUAAAUUACAUCUCAGUCUGAAUAUCUCAAUUAAGUUAAACAAAAUGUUAAUCAACUCAUCUGUCGCAUUUUUUCGCCCUCAUUAGCCGUUUGAAGCGUCUUUUUUACGAAAUUACUUUUAGCCUGAGGCCGUUAGAGAGGAAAGGGAGACAAUGCUCGCAAUUUGGUGUCCGCCAGCCGUGACCGCCUCCACUUCAAACUGGAAUUAACGCCAAACUACUAAAAGUCUCUCCAAACUGGCAACGUUUGUUUAUCGAUGAGAUCUUACUCCAUCUCUUCGGCAAAUUUGAGAUUCAUCCCUUCGACAUUUUCCGAGAAAAUCGAUGCUGAAAUGAUGCCUCUGGCCAAAAGUAAUUUCGUAAACGGCCUAUGAGGGCUAAAAAAUAUCACAAACGCGUCGAGUAACAUUUCAUUUAACCUUACUGAGAUAUUCAGACCGAGAUGUAAUAUAAAUAUAGAUAUGCAAUUUUCAGAGCUUCAUCAAUAACCGUCAGAAAUUAUGUUCGUCCCGUGUAAACAAUUAUUAACCACAAACACAUACUGUGGUCUGUCUGUGGUUGCUUGAUGAGUUUUAAUUUUUUUUUACUAGUGUCAUUUUGGAUUAUUACAGGAAUGCUCAAAUAAACUCCUCUUAGACUGAAGCGUUUCUCAUUCGAGUGGUUAAUGGGUUCUGUAUUUUUUUCUCUCUUUUUUUCCUGAUUCAUCUUGUCACAGUGGAACCUGAUAUGUGACAGACGUCCUCUCAAGGCCAUGACACAGUCAGUUUACAUGGCAGGUCUGUUGGUGGGUUCUGUUGCCUUUAGUAGCCUGUCCGACCACUUUGGCCGUAAAAUCAGCGUCUUCCUCAGUAUUUUUCUCAUGGUGAGUAAAGUGAGAUUUUACCGAAGUGGAACGCAUAUAACUUAACGGUUAAGUCUUCUUCAAGUCACGUGCCAUUAAUGCGGAGCUUAUCCCGGUUUCCGCAGCAUGGCGCGAUUAAGGAGAGUACUGCUACCCACCCCAUGGAUGUGAUGCUCCUCUGUCGCAGGUUACCCCCCACCCCACCCCACCCCACCCCACCCCAGCAGUCUGUCGGGCUUGCCUGACAGUUUGGAGGGUGUCAAUGUGGUGAUGGCUUUUUCGGUUAACGGUUAAAAUGUUUUGGCCAAUUUGCGCUCACGGUAAACAUCUUUCCACGGUGGUCACGAGAACAGAGGUUUACGGUUAAUUUUAGUUUACGACUAACCGUUCAAAUUUGGCAAAUUUUACGCCUAAGGGAUAAAUGUUUUGGCAGUUUUACGGCUAACGGUUAACCCCAAAAAGACCCUCAGUUUGCUGGUACCCUUUCAUGCUUCUGGAUGGAGAGAGGAACUGUGACUAUGAAAUGUCUUACCCAAGAGCACAACGUAACACUCGAACCCAAGCCUCUCGGCCUACAACCCAGCACGGUAACCUUUGGGUCACCACUUCUUGCCUGGACUCAUUUACUUAGCGAGUAGUCAAAUGAAAUUUAGUCUUAGCCCGUUCCAAUUAAAUCUAACCAGAAAGUUGUCCUUCAGGCUGCUUGUGGAACAGUAUCUGCUGUCUCCGACUGUCUCUCCUUGUUCGCCUUGUUUCGGUUUGGAGCUGGAGCGGCCACAGCAGGCUGUCUUCUCGUUCGGUUUGUCUACUGUAUGGAGAUCAUUCACAUAAACAAUCGCACCGCAGCAGGAAUGGUGAAUAACAUUUUCGUUAGCAUUGGUUUUUCUACGCUUUCUCUGCUUGGUUACUUAAUUCGUGACUGGAGACAUCUAAUGCUGAUUGUCUCUCUGCCUGCAGCACCAUUACUGCUCUGUUACUGGUAAGAAAGAUUUAACGUUUUUCGCGAUGUAUCUGACUUAGUGUUUGUUGAAGAUUUUGGACUGACUUUCGUUUUUUACCAAUUCGAAUUAUAACAGUAGUGGAAUUAGUCAUCCCGAUUGCAACAGCGUCAUUCCUACAUUCGCCCUUUGGUCUAGUCUUUACGGUCUUCGCAAUCAGUUACGUGUUGAUGUUAAGGGUCAUUAGUUUGAACGUUCAAGUUACCUCCACUUCAGUCAGAUGAAAUCUACCAACGUUCCAUGACCGUUAAUGCUAUAAUCCAAUCUGAUUAGCUGUGCUAAUCGCCAUCUGUUCUGUGAUAGAUAGAAAAUGGACAGAGAAGCCCAAAAGGGUGCGGCUGCAAACCAAAAAAAAAACUUUUUUGGACUUAAUCUCGAUUUCUAUGCGUGAUACAGUAAUUGAUUCGGGCCACACUCUCAUCUACAAUCACGCGAUAGAAAUCGCGAGCUGAUAAUCUAGUUGUUAAAUCUGUUUCGUAAAUUUUGUUCGGAGGAUAAUCCCAGAGUCUCCCCGGUGGUUGGUUGCCAAAGAUCGCCUUGACGAGGCUCACGAGUUGCUCAUGAAGUAUGCCGAGAGGAAUCGUGUCACUGUUGAAUCCACCCAACUCAAACAUGUCAUACAAGAAUUUAAGAAGGAAGAAGAAAGAAACAGGAAUGAGAGCAAGAAGACCUACGGAAUCCUAGACAUGGUUAGAACACCAAAGCUGAGGAAGAGAACCAUAAUCUGUGGAUUUAAUUGGUGAGUUUCAUUUGCACGAUGAUGAUAAUUGCAAUGAGAGAUAUUGCCUUGCAUUUCACGAGCUGAGACAGCUUAAGGGUAAGUUAUUCUUUAGCCUACGUGUAGCCGUACCCCCCCCCCCCCCAAGGUGAAACGGCAGCGAGGGAACGUCUACGCAAACCUGACUCUAAUCGCAUUCCCUUGCCUCCGUUUCCCCUUGGGGGGGGGGGAGGGGAGGGGAGGGUACGGCUACACGUAGGCUACUCAUUCUUUAUCGCUUGGGGCUGGGGGAGGGGGCCCGGAAGAUUUUGGGGGAUCGUAAGGUUAUCAGGGAGAACGAAGGGAGGGGGGAGUGUCAGUCGUCGCUAAAAGAGUCUAAAGGGGGAUUAUAGAAAAUUAACUGCCGAUGAGGUGGGGGGGGGGGGUCAUGGAAUACUGUAGAGCCUUAAGGGAACCGGGUGAUCUGCUAUAUUUUAUUCUGAGACAACCCUCCCUUCCAGUCGAUGAAAAUUUACCGGCCCCUCACCAUGAUAGUUAACGUGGUUGAUACAAUCUUGAAAAAAUAUCGCUUGAGAUUUUAACGACGUAGCAGUUGAAACUGAAUACAAUUUAAAGCCUUUAGACACUAGCACUUCCCUCCCUGAAUUAGAAUCACAGAAAAGCACAACACUCCUGAAGAAAAGGGAUGGGGAAUUCUUGGAUCGCUCUCAUAAGAAUCUCUAUGAUACGCAAGUCACAUAUUUCAUAUAACGGUUUAGGCAUAAUAACGAAAGUGUCCUCACAACUUCAGUAACAAUCUUUUUCUUGUAGGUUUGUGAACGCUUUAGUUUACUUUGGGAUCAGUUUGAAUGUCGGGAAUCUGGCGGGAAACAUGUACCUGAACUUUUUUUUCCUCUGCAUCGUGGAAAUUCCUGGAGCAUUAGCACUGUGGUUUUUCUAUGCACGGUAAUCCUCUUGUUAACAAACCAGUAAGAGCAGUUUUUGAGUUUUCGUUACUAUCACUUUUGAAACACAGUACUAGUAAAACUUCUGGCUGAUUUCCUCACUAUUGGAAACCAAGUUAGCAGAUCUUAGUCAGAUGCUUUAUAGUGAUCAACAAUUGGCAAGCCAUUUACAAUAAUUGAAUAUCUGUGACAUUCUUCAUCCUUUUAAGAUUUGGCCGGCGUAUUCCUUACGCCUCGUUCAUGAUCAUUGGAGGCGCUGCAGAAAUGUUGGUGCUGGCCGUUCCAUCUGGUGAUGGUAAGUUAAGUUUUCAAGUGGUGCUGAUUUCAAACAGAAACUACUCAUAUUGUUACAAAACUAUAUGUUGCAUUUAUGCGGAGUGAACGAUGGGAUGUUUUAUGAAAGCUUACAUGACCUACCCAGUGGCCUGAGGGGUUUAGGCUGCACGCUGGACUCGGGAUUUAGGGAUUCAGAUUUGACACUGAUAGUCUCCCUCUCUUUACCCUAAAGUAUAAAACAGCACUGGCGAUUUGCCUGGCGGAACUCAAAUAAGAUCUCGAAAGGGGGCUGGGAGAGAGAAGUUGCAGUGAGCUACCAUCUCAUGAGGGGGGAGUAGCUUUAUUUUUGGCUCUUAAUGAGCGAUCAAAAAUGACUGGAAAAUGCUUUUUAUAUGGUGGUCUGGAAUCGCAUCUUAAAUCGAUAUUUUUUUUCUCCCCAGAGUAUAAAGUUGUUAUCACAAUCUUAGCUGUUAUUGGUAAAGCUUGCAUCUUGGCGACUUUCCUUGGAAUUUAUAUUUACACUGUGGAACUCUAUCCCACAAUUAUCAGGUUGGUAUGAGUGGCGAUGAUGGUGCAAACAGAAAUUCGAUUUUACAAACUUAUCUUUGUGCAAGAAACCAAACAAAUGUUAGGCAAGGCUAAAAGGAAAAUGUUUAAUAAUAAUCAUUUUUCUCCAUUGCAGGAACACUGGCAUUGGAGUGUGUUCAAUGAUGGCUCGCGUUGGCAGCAUUUUAACACCUUACAUCGUGUUACUGGUUCGUAUUUGUAUUCCAUUGUCAAUUGUAGUUACCAGCAUUUUGUUCGUAAUUUAUUCGUGUUGGAACUAAUCCUUGGGUAUAACAACGUAAUGUAGCCGAUGAGUUAAGAAAUUCAUAACAAUAACUUUUCUUUGAUGCUUUAUUCAUUUCUCAGUGACAGACUCUCGCUGUACGGCGAAAAAAUGAUCGAACGAAAAAAAGUAUGAAAGAACUGACGAACGAAUGCGAAAUAAAGGUUGAACCAACGCACCAUAAAUGACGCACAAACUGCCGAAAGAACGAAGGAAUAUCGAUUAUGCUCCGAAUUGAUUAAUUUGUUUCUCUUUAAUCAGGCGGAUCUUCCGAACAUGAGCAAGACUCUUCCGUUGGUCAUAUUUGGUGUUUUUGGAGUUAUCGCGGGCGUGAUGGCUCUUUGGCUGCCAGAGACACGUUACUGUCCCAUGGCUCAGACGGUGGAACAAGUGGAGGCCUGGAAAGAGGACUACAAGAUAUACUGCUGCAAGCGUCAUAGCUUAAGGAUGGAAGAUGGAAACAUUGGUUUGAUGGACGAGAAAGAAGGAGACGAAAAUGAGAGCCCGAUUACGACAGAAACACCGCCUUAUAAGGAGAAAUACGACACGGUUGUUUAGAUCAUCACAUAGUUAGUGAGUGCCUGAGGCAGUAGAUGGAUGGGAGUUAGAUUUACUGCUAAGAUUCAGCUAAUAUAUCCGCUGAUAAUCGGGAUUUGACAGGAAAUUCAGCUGAUUAUCGAGCUGUAGUGUAUCUCAUUCAUAUCCUCUAUACUAGCUUUUUCAUGUAUCGGCUUUAAGUCUUUGAUAAAGGAGAACAAUGAUGUUGUUAUCGGCAAAGUAAUAAUUUUAUGUAACUUGUGGCUUAUUAAAUCUUGAAACGAAACACAAAGCAGAUAUUAGAAAACUGCAUCAUUUGCAAGGAGUUUUUCUCGACCACUAUGGUAUAUAAUAAUUCAAUGCGUUUGAUGGGAUUAAAAACGAUCAAAUGCGCCUCAACUCCAGAAAUAAAUCUGAUCUACCUUAGGUACGAAAAUUUUCAAUUUCUUUUUCACCGACCACAGCAAAAUGCAUGCCGUCAGCUACAUAGAAACACAUAUAUGGUGCUAUCAAAUAAAUUUAGUAAGGUCUUAUAGAUAUAGAUUUAUUUUUUAAAUCGGAGACGUUUUUUCUCUUGGUUGGAACACUUCAUAAACAUGUGAAGAGCACUCUCGAGCUCCCUAAACGGUCACCGAUUUGCAAGCAACUGCCAUUAGAAUGUUUGAUUCCAUCUUCUUAGAGUGAUUAGAAAAGGGCUUCUGGAACGACACUAAUUUUAUGAUCUCUGAACUUAACCUUGUGUAAAGCCUCAACGCUCCUAAAAAUCUCAACCACACCCAAAUCUAGCUGCAUUUAAUCAAUUUUCGAGAUUUUUAUUAAAAGAUAAACAAAUACACGCAGCAUGGAAGAGGACGUGGACUCUUUCCCAUGCACACUAUGUAUAUCGUACAACGCUUUACAUUUAUUGAUUUAUUCCGCGGUUUUAGCCAUAAUACACAAUUAAAUCUCGGUAAGAGAAAGGGGUCUAUGGAUAAUGGCAAGGCUACAGCUAAUCUCGUACCCAGAUCCAAUCGUUACCUGUAACUGAAAUGCUUGGGCGUGGAAGGUCUUUGUACGAGAUUUUGCUACAGCUGAAAGAUGUAUCACUAGUAGCAAACCAAAGCUUUAAUAAAGGGGCCGAAUCACAUAAAAAUUUCGUCCAUUAUUAAUAAUAUUAAUAUUAUUACUAUUGUUCAUAAUAUUAUUGUUAUUAUUAUCGCUAU